CGGCAGCGGCAGCAUGGAGCGAGCACGGGGAAUCUUCGGGGGACCCAAGGUGGAGCUUCACGUCCACCUGGAUGGAGCCAUCAGACCAGAGACCAUCCUGUACUUUGGCAAGAAAAGAGGAAUCCCUCUCCCUGGGAACACUGUUGAGGAGCUCCUGAAGUAUGUGAGCUAUGACACACCACUGUCACUCCCCCAGUUUCUAGAGAAAUUUAAUUACUACAUGCCUGCCAUUGCGGGUGACCGUGAGGCAGUGAGGAGAAUUGCCUACGAGUUUGUGGAGACCAAAGCCAAGGAAGGAGUUGCCUAUGUGGAGGUUCGGUACAGCCCUCACUUCCUGGCCAACUCUGGUGUGGAUCCCAUCCCCUGGGGACAAGCUGAGGGGGACCUCACUCCAGAUGAAGUGGUUCAGCUCGUUAAUCAGGGACUGAAGGAUGGAGAGAGGGAUUUCCACAUCAAAGCCAGGUCUAUUCUAUGCUGCAUGCGCCAUAUGCCAAGCUGGUCUCCAGAGGUGGUGGAGCUCUGCAAGAAGUACCAGAAUGACUCUGUGGUGGGUGUUGACCUGGCUGGAGAUGAGACCCUGAAGGUGGAAGAUUAUGCUGAGCAUAAGAAGGCUUAUGAGGAAGCUGAGAGGUGUGGGAUCCAUCGCACCGUCCAUGCUGGGGAGGCUGGCCCGGCUGCCAUGGUCAAGGAGGCAGUUUAUGUCCUGAAGACCGAGCGUGUUGGCCAUGGGUACCAUGUCCUGGAGGACCCUGAGCUCUACAAGCAGCUGCUGAAAACAAAGAUGCAUUUUGAGGUCUGUCCUUGGUCCAGUUAUCUCACUGGGGCAUGUCCUCCGGACUUCACCAAACACCCUGUAAUACAAUUUAAGAAGGAUCGUGCCAACUAUUCUCUAAACACAGAUGACCCCCUGAUCUUCAACUCCACCCUUGACAAGGACUAUGGCAUUGUGAAGAAACACAUGGGAUUCACUGAAGAGGAGUUCAAGAGAGUUAACAUCAAUGCAGCCCAGUCCAGCUUCUUACCCGAGAAGGAAAAGCAGGAGCUGCUCAGCAAGCUUCAUGAAGCCUAUGGGAUGGUGCCCAAUGCAUCCUGA